GAGAGGGGUAUUUGACCGCUGUGUCCUCGAGGUUGGAGGACAUGACAGUGUUCAGGAGCAGCGUUCAGGUACAGCUGUGUGUCAGUCAGCUGUGUGUCAGUCAGCUGCAGGGAUGGCGCACCACGAGCAGAGCACAGCCACUUUCCCCGAGCUCAUCCGCAAGAAACGGAACGGUGAACGGCUGAGCGCGGGGGAGAUCCGAGACUUCGUACAGGGUGUCAAGUACGAGACCAUCCAAGAGAGCCAGAUUGGAGCCAUGAUGAUGGCGAUCUGGCAGCAGGGGAUGGUAGCGGAAGAGACUCUCGCACUGACAAAGGAGAUGAUGAUGUCAGGGGAAGUGAUGUCAUGGCCGGCAGAGUGGAAGGGGCUAGUAGUGGACAAACACUCGACGGGUGGAGUGGGGGACAAGAUCAGCCUGGUGCUGGCUCCUGCUCUGGCCGCCUGCGGCUGCAAGGUGCCCAUGAUAAGUGGCAGAGGUCUGGAACAUACAGGCGGCACGCUCGACAAACUGGAGUCCAUCCCUGGCUUUAACGUCUAUCAGUCAGUACAACAGCUGCAGCGAAUCCUGGAGGAGGUUGGCUGUUGCAUUGUAGGACAGACAGAUAACCUGGUGCCCGCUGACAAGGUCAUGUACGCUCUGAGAGACGCUACGUCCACUGUCGACAGCCUCCCGCUCAUCACAGGCUCUAUCAUCUCUAAGAAGGGUGCUGAGUCUCUGAGUGCGUUGGUUCUGGAUGUGAAGUUUGGGAAUGCAGCUCUCUACAAAGACCUGGGCAGUGCCAAGUCACUGGCCCAGUCCUUGGUGACAGUUGGGAACAGUCUGGGGAUCCGUACGGGGGCGGUGCUUAGUCGUAUGAACUGUCCUAUUGGUCGCUGUGUGGGGAACGCCCUGGAAGUGAUGGAGUCCCUGGAGUGUCUAAAGGGGAGGGGCCCCGACGACAUACUGGAGCUGGUCACAAGUCUGGGUGGGAUGCUGUUGUGGAUGACUGGCCUUGCAGGAAGCAUGGAGGAGGGUAAAAAGGUGAUCGCUAGGACCCUGCAGAAUGGGUCAGCCCUGGAAAAGUUCCAGAACAUGAUGAUUGGUCAGGGAGUAACCAGUCAGAUCGCUGCAUCCCUCUGUUCCCCCUACGCAGACUACCACAGCAUCCUGAGACGGGCACGCUACCAGUCAGAACUGGAGACACAGGGCCAUGGAACAGUGCUGGACAUAGACGGCAUGGUCAUUGCUACGGUGCUGCACAGGUUGGGGGCGGGACGUUCGAAGGCCGGAGACCCUGUCAAUCACAGCGUGGGGGCGGAGCUUCUGGUGUCUUUGGGACAGAAUGUGGAGAAAGGGCAGCCAUGGCUGCGUAUCCACUACGAGACUCCGGUGCUGAGCGCAGAGCAGAGACUCAGCCUACAAGGGGCGCUGACACUGGGCCCUGCCGACCAGCUACACACACAGCCACUAGUGGCAGAAAUCAUCCUGCCGUAGUGACACCAAUCCACUCUAUGUUAAAGCUUGAUUGGAAGAUGACUUGCCUUUGGGAAUCCCAGUGUGCCAUCUAUUUAAAGGAUGUAUACUUCAGAACUAAAGCAAGCAUGGCAAGUCCUGCGUAGAGAAAUAGACUGGCCUGUACCUCCUGCUCUUUACACACUCUCAGAGUCCUCUCUGAACCACCCAUAUAAAGUCACACAAGAUUCUGUGAAAACUGAAAAGAUGUUAACCAUUUCCAGGAACUGUCAUGAAGCUCAAAGUUCAUCCAGAAACACACACAGUAAGCCAAGACAGAUGUUGAUCUACAACUGACUGUGUGACAUCAGUUUCACUGACAGUUUCAUUAGUGUGUUUGUGUAGGGCAGGGGUCGGCAAGGAUUUUCCUUAAAAUCACCAGGAAUUCAGCAAAAAAUGUGUUUAAUUUAGGAAAUCUGUUCCCAAGUAUCCCACGAAUAAAAACAGAGACAUGAUCAUGUCUCAAUGCAA